ACACUAUAUCUGUUAUUGUGUUUAUAUAAUGUUACAGGAGGACCAGGUACCCUUACUGAGCAACAGGGCCAACUGCAAUAUUGACAGGAGCCAUAGCAGAAUCAUACGGAAUAUUUCCUGGAGGAGUGUGACCUCCAUCAUGCUGGGUCGAAAGCCCCUGGUGGAUGUCCUAGCUGCAGUGUUUGGUGUGGGUGCUUGGGUGGCUGUUAAUGGCCUAUGGGUGGAGCUACCUCUCUUGGUUACUGACCUUCCUGAAGGAUGGAACCUUCCAUCUUACCUUUCUGUCAUCAUUCAGAUUGCCAAUAUUGGUCCCAUAGCAUACUCAGUGUUCAAAGCAUUGCAACCAGCACAACAUCCAGCACCAGUAGUGUAUGGAGUACUGGCUGUGGGUUGCAUUGCCUCCCUUCUGUUAUCAAUGCUAUGGCAAAAAACAUCAUGGUUGGCUGGGGCAGAGCAUUCCACAGCACUGCUUUCCCUUGUCUUCCUGCUGGCACUUGUGGACUGUACCUCAUCAGUACUUUUUAUGCCCUACAUGGCUUUUUGGCGAGAGAUCUACCUGCCCUCAUACCUAGUAGGGGAGGGACUGUCUGGGCUGCUGCCAGCCCUGGUGGCCCUUGCACAGGGUGUUGGAGGUAAUGCCCAGUGUGUGAAUGUCACUGUCUGGAACAAUACUGAAGAAGGCAACACCACUUACACAGACUUAGAGCCUUUGCCUCUCAACCCAAGAUUUAGUAUCACAUCUUUUUUUUACAUCCUCAUGUCAAUGAUGAUUGCAAGUGUCCUCGCCUUCAUCUUAUUGGAGCACUUACCCAAUAUCAAAAGUGAACGAGUUAUCUCGCCCUCGCCUACUGACAGUGUAGCAGCACUUGAAGCUUCACACUCCAACACCCGGCUGAUGAGUACCACUAAGCAAGACUCGGCCAUGAGUUCACAGACAUAUUGCUUCAUGCUAGUGGGCCAGGCCUGGGCCUGCAGUCUCACCAAUGGUGUUCUGCCCUCCAUUCAGUCCUACUCUUGUGGGGCAUACAGCAAUGUGGCCUAUCACUUAGCAGUUACACUCUCAUCUCUGGCAAACCCAUUGGCAGCAUUGGUGACCCUGGUGCUGCCAAGAGCAAGAAGAUGGCUGCUGUUUCUGCUGGGUAUGCUUGGCUCACUGGUGGCAGCCUACAUCCUAGCUACUGCAGCCCUCAGUCCCAGCCCACCGCUAAUGGGUACCCAGGCAGGAGAGGUUCUCGUGGUGCUCGCUUGGGUGAUGUUCACGGGCUUGAUGACAUAUGUAAGAGUUGAAAUAGCCAACCAGAUGCGUGAGGAAGGUGCCCGAGCUCUCUUCUGGUGUGGGGCAGUGACGCAGGCAGGGUCAGCUGUGGGAUCUAUCAUCACUUUCAUCCUGGUCAAUGUCUGCAAUCUCUUCACUGCCUACUAUCCUUGCUAAAGCCAUUAUUGCACUGUAUAAAUGUGAUACAACAAUUACUCUUAUACUCGAACUAAUUCAUAUUCUGAUUGAUAUCUGGAAAUCUAUUUUACUUAGAAUUUGCCAAGAACAUGCAAUUCUUAACUUAAAUUUUGAAAAACAUUCUCUCUUAUUCAGAAACUUUCUAGGUAGAGAUUUUCCAAAUUAAAAAUUUGGAAUUGUCACAGUAUACUGCAUUUAGAAACUUCAAAACUGAGUAGACCAUUCUGAACUCAAACAUUUAUUUUACUGAAUUUUGAAAAUUCUAAAUAAGAGAUAUUGCUUAUAUUUCAGUGUUGGUGAUCUUGUUACUAUUAUAACAGAAUUGUUAGUGGCUUUAUGUAACCAAUGCAAGUUAUUAGCUUCUAGAUAAUACUACAUUGUUAUUAUUAAACUCAUAAGGAACAAUAAACCCAGAAGAUUAUAAUGUACAUAGAGCAUACUAUAUGUAUUAUUAUAUGUGUACAUGGUUAAUGUUAAACCCACAAUGUUAUACGUACUGCAUAUUAUAUUAUUGCAUUCACUGGGAAUGCCAUAUCCACAGGGUUAUACCAGACAGUAUACCCUAAAGCUAGAAGGGUUAAACAGUGCCUAGAGAAUGGGAAGGGUGGGGAUAAAUAUGUUUAAUCCAAGAAAGGGUAACUUAAGUUCCUUGUAUCAAUAGACCUACGCUAUGUUCUAAGCACUCCCUUUUACAGUGUAUUAUUUGACACAAUAUAAAUCUACUGGGAAUUCUUUGUCACCCUUGAUGAUCAGAAGUAAAUUUAUCCCACUAUAACAAUUUUAAAUCCUGUAUUACUGUAUUUCACAAGUAAUACUAUCAUAUAUGAAAUAAACACAAGUUUAAUUCAAAAGUGAUAGUAUACAUUUUUGGGUCAGAUAAAAUCACCUGGAUAGUCUCAGUACAUUUGUAUGGUACAGUGGAACUCUGGAUUUCGUACUUAAUCCACUCCAGAAGGUCGGUUUAUAUCCGAAAUGUAUGAAAACCAAAGUAAUAUUUCCCAAAAGAAAUAUAAUGUAAAUCCAAUUACUCCGUUUCAGAUACCAAAAAAUAUUAACAAAACAUAAAUUUUAUAGAGAAUAACUAAUGUUGCAGCUCUUACCUGUGGUUGUCCACCAACUCUUCCACAUCCUGGCCACUCACAUCCAACCCCAUGGACUUCCCCAAAGCCACAAUAGAUUCCACAACAGGCGUAGGGUUGUCAAGUUUACACUAACUUAUAUUAAGUUAAUAAUAGAACUAGGGAUUAAAACACAAUAAACAGUAAAAUACAUAUACAGUACAUUCAUUACCUACCUUAAAAUAUUUGUAGUCUUAAUGUAGGGCAAGAGGCGAGUAGUAUUUAUUUGUAAUCCCAGGCAGACUACAUCCGCCUGGGCUAUACAUACUGGUUACAUACACUGUGGCCCACAGCCAUAUUAUUACCACUCACAUACCAUGUUCAAUGAGUUUAAUCAUUUCCAACAACUACACUUAAAUGCCAUCAUAAACAAAGGGAGAAGUAAUGAAUAAUUCAUGCCAAGAAUUGUAAACAAAAGCAUUAUGUAAAGUGUAUUAAGGGCAGUGACUGGGCCAGACACAGAUUCAUACAGUUUUCUCUAAUGCUGGACCAGAGAAAACAAUGUUUUCCCUCCCUCAACUCGCCCCUCGAUAGCAUAUAAUCAUUGCAUGUUUAUAUGCUAUGUAAUGCAUUUCUUACAUAAUUCUGAGGAAAAUAUCAUAGAUGGAUUAAUGAAAUGUCUAUAUUAACCUAAAAUAAGACAUUUAAUGUACCCAAGAGUGUAUACACAUAGCAUAUAAACAUUGCAUGUUUAUAUGCUAUGUAAUAUAUUCCUAAUAUAAUUUUGAAGAAAAUAUCAUAGAUGGAUUAAUGAAAAUGUCUAUAUUAACAUAAAAAAGACAUUUAAUAAUGCCCAAGAGUGAUUAUUAUUACGUACUAUUAGUAUUACUAGGGCGUUAAGACUAGAGGGACACUCUGAGUGAACGAGUAACAAAACUAUAUUUAUAUGCUAUGUAACGUGUUUCUUAUAUAAUUUUGAAGAAAAUAUCAUAGAUGGAUUAAUGAAAAUGUCUAUAUUAACGUAAAAUAAGACAUUUAAUGUGCCCAAGAGCAAGUUAUGAAUGUAUGAGUGGCCCAGGGGGAUGUAUCUGAUACAGACAAUUUCCAGGACGAGGUACAAAAUCCAGACCAAAAUUUUGCCCAAAAAAGUGGUCUAAAUCCGAAAUGUACAACACUCGGUGCAUACAAAAUCCUGAGUUCCACUUUAGUUAUCAGAAUGCUUUGAUUUUUAAACAAGGUGAAAAACCUAUCUAACCAAGGCAGAAGGCCUUGGUUAGUGGCUGAAUGUUCUGUGGAGUAUUAUUAUUAUUAUUAUAAUCAAAAAGAAGUGCUAAGCCACAAGGGCUAUACAGCGUUCUGUGGAGUAGACAAUGACUAAAACCCACACCAGAAGAAAUUUUCCCAUUUCUCAUAAGAAAUAAAAUAUCAACAUUAUGGCUGUGUAGUUUCAUACUGAUGGAAAUGAGACUUAUUUUCCAAAGCAUAUCCAUGUUUUGGUGUUAAGGUAUUGUAUAUGCUACUACCUGUUGAUCAUUAUUGAGUUAUUACCUUAUGGGCUGUUUCUCACCAGGUUAGGGCAACCCAAAGAAAGCAGCUCAUUGACCAUCAUUCAUUCAGUAGCUGUCAAGCUAGAAGCUGGCAGACAUCACAUAUUAAGUGAAUCUCUGAAAUGCAAUAGAAUUUUCUUUAUCUCAAUUUAGCAAUAAUCCUUGGAUGAAUAAUAUUUAAAGUUUAGCCACUUAAUUUUUAUGUCAUUUUUGCUAGUACAGUACUUGCAAGGCAGCAUUUCAGACUGUCACCUUUAAGUAAAAACAAGUUCUGUGUUAUCUCUUACAUUGCAUGUGACUAUCUUCUGCUUGGUUUCAUUAUUAUUAUUAUUAUUAUUAUUAUUAUUAUUAUUAUUAUUACAUUCAUGGAGGGAGAAGCCCUAAACCCACAAUGGGUCAGAGUGUCUAGAGUAAUGGGAUGAAUUCAGGCUCAACCUAAGGGAAGGGGAAGUUAAAUACCAUGGAUCAAGAUUCCCUCACUGGCAUCAAGGUACCUCCCUCGAGUGGUUAAUCUUUUAUGUAAGAAGUCACAGUAUAUGUUUUCACACAUACUGUAUUGUAUAUGUAUAUGUAUUGUACUGUACAUACAUGUUUUCACAUAUACAAUACAUUAUAUUCAUGAAAAAGUGCUAAUUAAUAUACAGUAUCAGAGUUAUAAUAUUCAAGUUUUUAAUAAAAAAUUAUAAGAUAUGCCAAACUUUGAUUGCAUACAUACAACUGAGAUCAUAUUAUUUAUUGUAAAAUAUUGUUAAUCUCGUAUAACAGUAAUGAAUACAAAGAUUACUGUACAUCACAAAAUGCCAUGCAUAUUUUUUUUUUCAUCAAUAUGGCCAUAUACCACUAAUGCAGGGUCUCACCAAAAAACAAAAACGAAAGUUUCUCAUUUAGUCAUUUAUACAGUAGGGGUUACUAGCCCCUUGCUCCUGGAAAUUUAGUUGCCUCUUACAACAUGUAUGGUUUAUGGAGAAAGAAUUUUUUUCCACUUCCUCAUGGAUAUAAGAGAAAAUAAAGAACAAAAACUAUUAAGAAAACAGAAGAAAAUCCAGGUGGAUGUAUAAAUGUGUGUGGACAUGCAAGUGUAGUGUGACCAAAGUGUAAGUAGAAGCAAUAAGAUAUAUCCGUUAUCCCACACGUUUAUGAAACAGAAAAAAAGACACCAGCAAUCCUACCAUCAAGUAAAACAAUUACAGGAUGUGUAAUUAUACCUCUCCUAAAUUGAACUCCCUCCAACCUUUCCUAGGCCAACUCCUCAGCGGCCUAGGGAAGGCUGGAGGGUGGGGGUAAAGGAGGUUUUGUAUACGAGGGGCUUGGACUUCCAGCAAGCAUGCAUGAGCACGUUAGAUAGGAGCUAUUGUUAUAUAGGACUUUGUGUGCUGUUGGAGUGUGAGCAGGGUAACAUUUAUGAAGGGAUUCAGGAAACCAGCAGGUCAGACUCAAGUCCUGGAGAUGAAAAGUACAGUGCCUGCACUUUGAAGGAAGGGUGUUAAUGCUGCAUUGUUAUGACUGUAUGUAAGUGCACCUCCGUCAAGACUGGAGUGAAUGACGAAAAUUUUUCUUUUUCGGGCCACCCUGCCUUGGUGGGAAAUGGCCAAUGUGUUAAUAAAAUAAUAAAAUAUGAUAGGAUGGAUAGGACAGCAGUGUGGCAGAUACUGCAAGUGUAUGGAAUAAGUGGUAGGUUACCAAAAGCAGUUAAAGAGUUUUUACAAGCAUAGUGAGGCUCAGGUUAGAGUAUAUAAGAGGGAGAUUAUUUUCCAUGUCACCAUGGUUGUUCAACAUAUCUGUAGAGGAGGUUGUAACAGAAGUGAAUACUAGGGAAUUGGGAAGAUUAUUAAUAUUAUCAUAGCUAAGCACUACACCCACAAGGGUCAUACAGCACUGCAGGUGUUGGGAAGAGGUAUGGGAUUAUAAUAUGCAGAAUCUAAUACAAAAAUGGGUGAUGUCACAGUUGCUAUUUGUUGAUGACAGUGCUUUUGGGAGAUUUGGGAGAGGAUGUUAAAAGAAAUUAAAAGUGACCACAGGAAAGAGCAAGGUGAUGAGAGUAACAAAAAAUUUAGAUAAUGAAAGAUUGGAUAUCACAUUGGAAGGAAGGAGUAUGGAGGAAGUGAAAGUGCUCAGAUAUUUAGGAGUGAACUUGUUCGCAGAUGGGUAUAUGAAAGACAAGGUGAACCAUAGAACUGAUGAAGGAAAAAAAGGUGGGUAGUGCACUGAGGCAUCUGUACAGACAAAGAAUGUUAUCCAUAGAGGCAAAGAGGGAAACAUAUGAGAGUAUAGUGGUACCAACACUCUUGUAUGGGUGUGAAACAUGGGUUGUGAAUGUUGCAGCGAGGAGGCAGCUGGAGGCUAUAGAGAUGUCAUGUCUGAGUUUGGAGAUUACGUGAUGUGGGGUUAAUAAAAGUAUUAUCCAGAGGGCUGAGAAGAGGCUGUUGAGGUGGUUUGAACAUAGGAAGACCUGAAUGGUGGAGGGAGGGUAGGGGUCACCCUAGGAAAGGCUGGAGUGGAGUGAAAGACAUUUUGUGUGCAAGGGGCUUGGGCAUCCAGCAGGCAUAUGUAAGCAUGUUAGAUAUAGUAGUGGAGGCAAAUGGUUUUUGGGACUUGAUGAACUGUUUAAGUGUGAGUAAGGUAGCCUUUGUGAAGUGAAUCAGAGAAAACAGUAAGCCAGACUAGAGUCCUGGAGGUAAGAAGUAAAGUGCCUGCACUCUGAAGGGUGUGCAUAAUUGCACUUUGGAGGAGCAUCUGAACUGUAGCAUCAGCACACCUCUGGCACAACACUGAUAGAGUGAAUGAUGAUGAAAGUGUUCUUUUUUUUCAGGUCAUCCUACCUCAGUGGGACACAGACUCAAUAAGGACAGUAGGGAAAGAGCAAAGAGAGAAAGGGAUGUAAGACUCGGUACAAGUCCAAUAAAAUCAGACUACUUGGAGUAAGAUGAUAAAAGGUAAAGGGACAAGAAAAAAAGGUUCACUAGAUCACUAUGAAAGCCACAAUAAGAACCACUCCAAAGAAAAUUUCUGUAUAUUCAGUGAAAUUUCCUAUUAGGAGAUUUCUUGGUACUGGCAUGGGGAUCUUGGUCCAAGGAACUGAACUUAUCUUUCCCUUCCUUUGAUUAAAUUUGAAUAUUUUCCACUCCCUAGGAACUGCAUGAUCCCAAUGAAAGUAAACAAUAAAAAAAUAACUGAAAUUGCUCAACAGCAACUGCAGCUCAGGCAAAGAUUAUUAUUAAAAUCAUAAGGAAACAUUAAAUCUAUAAAGGUUAAAUAGAAGAAUGGGAGGCAAUCAUUUGGUCCAAGGGAAGGACAGAUCUAAUUUCUUGGAUCAAAAGCCCUUCACCAGUAUCAAGGCAUCUCUCUUGAGGGUAAUAAAGAUGAGUUAUGGAUAACCAGACUAUUAUAAUCAUGAGUACUAUUCCUUGGCACCAAUAUUUGUAUGGAUGUGAGGCAUGGGCAUUAAAUAUUGCAGAUAGGAGGCUGGAGAUAGUGAUGUCAUGUUUGAGGGGAAUGUGUUGUAAAUACUGCAUUAUGCAAAAAUUUUGCAACACAGAAAAUGGAACAGUGUGAAAUUAUGAAAAGUAUAGUUCAGAGGGCUAAGGAAGGAUUGUUGAAGAUGCCUCAUCCAUCAUUCCUACCCAAGGGCACCCAGUAACAAUGUCUGAUGGGGAAAAAAUUUGUUUAUAUUA